AUGUGCAUCAGAAUCAAAAGUUGGAGUGCUAAGCAUCUAUUCUUUGCUGGUAGACUGACAUUAGUCAGCUCAGUGCUUAUGGCUCUUCAAAAUUACUGGGCACAGAUUAUGAUUUUGCCUAAAAGCAUCUUUAAAGUUGUUAAUGGCAUUUGUAGAAGUUUUCUGUGGAAGGGAACAACUGACUCUAGUGUUCCUGGAAAAGUAGCUUGGAAUACUGUUUGCAAGUCAAAAAAGGAGGGUGGUUUGGGGCUCACUAAUUUGAGGAUGUGGAACAUAGCUACUAUGGGAAAACAUGACUACUCCCCUAAGAGUGAUGAUAGUUGGUACUGGAGGGCCAUUUGCCAGAUCAAGGAUUUGAUGAAACAACAUAUUACUGAAAACCAGUUGAUGGCUAUCAGCAAAUACUCCAUAAAGAAAGCUUAUUUGAAGUUGAUGGGUCCUGCUCCAGUCCAAUACCGGACUACUGCUGUAUGGGGGAGACUAGGACAACCAAAACAUCGUUUUAUUAUCUGGCUUGCAUUGCUAGGUAGAUUGAACACCAAAGACAGGUUAAUGAAGAUUUGUGUUACAACUGAUAAUACCUGUCUGUUGUGUGGCAUUGCAAUUGAGGAUCACAAGCAUCUUUUCAGUGGUUGUCCUUUCAGUGAGAGAUGUUGGCAUCAGAUUGGUUUAUGGUUGGGCAUCAGGUGUACCAGGAAUCUACCAGAACUGGUUAACUGGUUGCAUAAAAGAUCAGUUACUAAAUUCAGAAAAGAGGUCAUAUAUGCUGUUGUCAUGUGUACAGUUUACCAUAUUUGGAAGGAAAGAAACAAUGCUCUGUGGAAUGGCCAAGUAUGCAAAGUAGAUAAGUGGGCCAGUCCACUUGAGAAGUUAGGUUGUAAAGUUGCUUGUUGA